AUGCCUGAAACUGGAAAGUCCGCUGACCAAGCCAAUGUUACAGGCGCUCCUAUAUUUGAAGAAAGCGAAUCAACAGCACUCGAUGUGCGAGCCAGGGAGUCAGAUGAGGAGGUAGACGAAACUAGAGAUGCUGGUGCAACCGGUCAUGGCGCCUCGCACAAAGAGGCUGCAUCUGAUGCUGGUUCGCAGGUCGGCGACGAUGCAGAGGAGCUCGAAGAUGGCAUGCUCCUCCGCGAUUUGCCCAAGCGAACUACCUUUUAUGAUCCUGUCGCUGAGCGCCAGAUGAGCCAAACCGACGCAAAAUACUUCUACCACCGAAACAAGGCCGAUGUGCGAAGCGGUGGUGGGGCUGGCAAUCAAUCAAUCCCUCAAAGUCCUUUCCUCGCUUCUGGUUCUCGUCCUGCGACUGAGUAUGGUGCCGAUUCUCUCAUCUUAGACUCGAGUGGUCGUCGAGUUGAUUCUUUGCCUCCAGGUCUGGAGAUGCCAAAUCCUGCCAUUGACUCCUCGGGUUUCACUCAAUCGCCCACAAAAGUAGAAACGCAACAUGCGCCUUUUCCAUCAAACGAUUCUUCGGCGAUUCCACAUGCCAGUCAGGUGGCCCAAGACCCUCGACUUCCUGAUGGAUCCAGUAACGGCCUGCCCUCUGGUGGUCUCUUCGACACUGAGCCUCAUAUCACGUCAGAAUUGAGCGCAAUCUCAAAGAACAUCCAGAGGAUCUUGGAUCUCAGGCGCAAGUACAUCGCGCUCUCUCACCAGGGUCCAGAUGAUAACCCAAGAGACGGUCCGGAUUGGGAAAUUUAUCCCCCUCCACCUGAACCUGCAUGGCAACAGGCUUCGAGGCAAGCAACAAACGCCGCGGAGCACGUACCGGGCCAGGAGAACACUGGCGCGAACGGGGCCAAGACAGGAACUGAAUCCGCAUCCAAGGACGCGCCGCAGGAUCACCAUGAGAGCAAGCGAUCGACAAGAAGGCGAAAGCCAGGCCAGGAUAUCGGAGAAGAUUUUGACAUGGCGGAUGUGUUGCCUCUACCAGGGACUGAUGGGCGUUCGUACAAGCUGGAUGACAGCGGAGUCUACCAGGUCUUUGAGAACGAUGAUGCGCAUGCGCCUGCGAUCAAGGUCCCUACAAUUAGGGAGUUCUACAUGGAUCUUGAUGACAUCCUGGAUGUGUCGUCCGAUGGGCCUAGCAAAAGUUUUGCGUUCCGACGUCUUCAGUACCUUGAGGGUAAAUUCAACUUAUACGUCCUUCUGAAUGAGUACCAGGAGACAGCCGAUAGCAAGAAGGUUCCUCACAGAGACUUCUAUAAUGUCCGAAAGGUUGACACUCACGUUCAUCAUUCUGCAUGUAUGAAUCAGAAGCAUCUGCUACGUUUCAUCAAAAGUAAGAUGAAGAAGUUCCCUAAUGAAGUUGUCCUCUUUCGUGAUGGACGGCAUCUCACUCUCGCCGAGGUCUUCGCUAGCAUUAAUUUGACUGCCUACGACCUGAGUAUAGAUACUUUGGAUAUGCAUGCUCACACUGAUUCAUUUCACCGGUUCGACAAGUUCAAUCUCAAAUACAACCCGGUUGGGGAAUCCCGUCUCCGAACCAUCUUCCUCAAGACGGAUAAUUUUAUUCAUGGCCGCUACCUUGCCGAGAUCACUAAGGAGGUUAUUUCUGAUCUGGAGUCAAGCAAGUAUCAAAUGGUGGAGUGGCGCAUUUCCAUCUACGGCAAAUCUAUAGAUGAAUGGGACAAGCUCGCCGCUUGGGUCGUCGACAACAAACUCUUCUCUCACAACGUUCGAUGGCUCAUUCAAAUACCCCGCCUUUACGACGUCUACAAAGCCAGUGGUUUGAUGGAGACGUUUGAACAGGUGGUUAAGAACGUUUUCCAGCCCCUUUUCGAAGUUACAAAGGACCCGUCAAGCCACCCAAAGCUACAUAUCUUCCUUCAACGAGUCAUUGGAUUUGACAGUGUCGACGAUGAAAGCAAGGUGGAGCGCCGUUUAUUCAAGAAGUUUCCUGUGCCAAAGGUCUGGGAUACUAAGCAGAAUCCUCCCUAUAGUUACUGGAUCUACUACCUUUAUUCUAAUCUGGUAUCCUUGAACUAUUGGCGUAGGAAGCGAGGAUUCAAUACACUUGUUCUACGACCUCACUGUGGAGAGGCUGGCGAUAGCGAACACUUGGCUGUUGCAGCCUUAUGUUGCCACAGCAUUAGUCAUGGACUUCUCCUUCGCAAAGUGCCCCUUCUUCAGUACAUCUUCUACUUGGAUCAGAUCGGCAUCGCCAUGUCGCCAUUGAGUAACAAUGCUCUGUUCCUAGCAUACGAACGAAACCCAUUUCAUCAUUACUUCAAGAGGGGACUCAACGUUUCUUUGUCCACAGACGACCCUCUGCAAUUUGCUUUCACCAAGGAACCCCUGAUCGAGGAAUAUGCUGUUGCGGCGCAAAUCUACAAGCUCAACUCGGUCGACAUGUGUGAGUUGGCAAAGAAUUCUGUCAAGCAGAGUGGCUAUGAGCUGGCCAUCAAAGAGCAUUGGCUAGGACGUGGCUGUAACAAGCCAGGGAAAGAAGGAAACGCCAUGGUAAAGACAAACGUUCCUGAUCGCCGAGAAGAAUUCCGUUACUUCACGUUGAUGCAAGAAAGAGAUGUGUUGUCCAAAUAUGUCACAUAUAAUGCUGCGAGUGAGCCUUCGGCACAAACUGGUGGCAACGAAAACAAAAUGUCAGAGUCAGUGGCAUCCAUGACUAGCCAGGCUGCUGCUACGGGUCUAUCUACAGGCAAGGAGCCUGCGAACCCUGAGAUGUCCCCACCGGCCGGCCAUCAAAUCACGAAGGUUGCGUCUCAGAUAGGAUUGUCAGCUAGUAGAGACCAGGUGUGGCCCAGUGAUGCUAUGGCAGACCACCAUCUUUCAGGAAGCGAUCCGAGAAUGUUUCCAGGCAUUUUCACUCGGGGUCAUCGUACUGGCAGCAUGCGGAACCUGGCCCAAGCCGGUGAUGACCGGGACAUUGCAGACGAUGUUUUCGGUCCAGAGACUUGA